AUUGAUCUGAUCGCCCACAUCGCUCCCCACUCCAUACCACCGGACCGACUGUGGCCUCCGAUGCCAGUCCCCUCAACUCCAGCUGCCCAUCGGCCCGCAUGGACCUGGCGACACAUCGUGUUGCUGAUCGUUGGGCUGCUGGCUGUAGCCUACAUUACGACGCCGUCGCCAUCCUCCUUGGCUGAAAAGGCGCAGGAGAGCCCAGAGCCCAGCAUUCUGAACCAAGACCCAUCCCUGGACGAGAUGCAGGCCCAUCUCAGUGCCCUCGGAUUCGACUUUAUCGGCGGGCUGCGGGAGCGCUUCGGCGGCUGGACGCUGCCCUCGACCGAGCCGACCCACAUCCACACCGACUAUCAAGACUACGGUGUCUUUGCUGUCGGCAUCGUCUACCGAACCAGACGCAUCGCUUCCCUCCAUACCCUGCGGGGUCACUGGUCGUCAUUCCUGGGCCGUCUGGGGCUGGCUUCGUCCGAUGGCGACGAUGAGCAACUGACGAAUCCCGGCAGCAGGCCCGACUGGAUCGCAACCGAUGCCCGAUGGUAUCUCGGGCUGCUAGGCUUUUGGAUCCCGAUCCCGGAAUCCUUCAGCAUGGGCGAUUUAUCGGUCGAGGCGCCCUGGGACUGGUCUGUGGAAUGGAUGCCGCAGGACGUGCAUGUCAUGUCAAGCUUCUGCUAUUACAACGGCUUCCGACUCUGGGACAGUUUGUGUGCUUGCUUGCCGAGCUAUCAUGGCUCACGGUGCCAAUGGCGAAUCCAUGCCUUCCGGCCGAUCUCGGCAGCCCUGGAGCGCAUCCGGUUUCCAAGCGAAUGGAUUCCAGCGCUUCUGCGCCGGAUCGGACUCCUCGAUGUUAUCCUGGCGGUCAACUUGGUCGUCUUUGCCAUGUGGCAGCUCUGCCCAGAGGCCUGGAUGAGGGCCCACUUUACCCAUCAGGUGCCGGCGCCGCCCAACUCGUUCAGCCUGCACACCUGGCUGACGUCCAACUACAGUCACCGCAACGUAUUCCAUCUCGCAAACAACAUGCGCGGGUUCGUCUACGUCGCCCCGGUGGUGUAUUCCAUGGUCGGCGAGUCCCGGUUCGGGGUCCUGUUCCUGGCGGCUUGCGUGCUCUCGUCGCUCGGCAGCUGGAUUUACCGAACGCAUCUGCGACAUCAGACAGCAGGAUAUUCGCGCUCGGUGAGCUGCUCUCUCGGAGCCAGCGGAUGUGUCCUGGCCCUGGAAACCUUUCUGCUGGCAUUUCACGCCAGUCCUCUCGGCGAGGAAGAGUCGAUGGGCUUCCUCUUGGCACAGAUCUUUUGGGAUGCUGUGGUGCAGCAGGGCCAUGUGGACCUGGGUGGCCAUGUCGGCGGCAUUCUUGCGGGAUGGCUGCUGGCGCUUCACUGGGGCUGAACGGCGACAACGGGGAGAAGACCUAUCCUGGCCAUCGCACCAGCGGCGCUAUCAAAGUCAUAUGCCCGCAUUUGAGACGGAGCUGUCCAAAAUCGACAAUAUAUUGGCGUGGUUGCCUCGAGAGAGGAAGCUGCACUCAAUAUGAAUGGGU